AUUAUCCUAAGCGACUCAAGUAAUCCAACGAUUGUGAGGUGCCGACGGUAGCCGACGGUAUGAAGUUUAAACAAAACUGGAGUAUUCUAGUCAUACUGAGUUAAAUGUGAAUCACACAUUUCAAGUGUUUUACUUGUAACAUGAAAUGUUGGAUUUAGAGGCUUGCUUGCUGGUAGUAGUUGUUAUUGAAAAUGGCCUCUGAUGGAAAGUUGACGGAAGACGAAUCGAGCAUUAUUCUAGAUCAAACUCUCCAUCAGAAUGGCAGCGCAGGAUGCAGACCCAAGUCAAAAGUACGCCGUGAUACUCCAUUUAGUAAUCCCAUUUACAAGCAAAUUUCUUUGAGAAAUGGGGAAAUAAAUAAAAUGACAAAGGAGAAGAUUCAAGAAAAACUUGCAGAGCUUCGUUUAGGAACAAGAGGUGUAAAGGAGGUUCUUAAGAAGAGACUGAAAAACUACUACAAGCGCCAAAAGCUUCUCAAAGCUAAUUUCAAAUAUCAUAGUGAAGCAGAUAUGUUCUAUGAUUACAUCCUUGUUAUUGAUUUUGAAGCAACAUGUAAUGAGGUCAACAUCCCUGGUUUUAACUUUGAGGUCAUCGAGUUUCCUGUUGUUAUGAUAUGCAUGACAGAAAUGAGAGUGGUACAUACAUUCCACAGUUAUUGUAGACCAACACUAAAUCCCAAACUCAGUUCAUUUUGUAUUCAUUUAACAGGAAUUACACAGAGUGUGGUGAAUAAUGCUCCAUUGUUCACAGAAGUGAUGUCUCAGCUGGAAGACUGGAUGCAGACUGUAGGAUUGAAGGAUAAAGGAGUCAAGUUUGCUGUAGCAACAGACGGACCUUGGGAUAUGAGUCGAUUCCUUUACCAACAGUGUCACCUGUCCAAUGUACCUUUCCCUAAGUGGGGUCGAAAAUGGAUAAAUGUAAGAAAAGCCUUUGGUAACUGUUAUAGUGUCCGCCAAGUGAAACUGACCACAAUGCUAGAAUACUUGGGGAUGGAGUUUGAAGGGGAACAACAUCGAGGCAUAGACGAUGCAAAAAAUAUAGCUCGCAUUUUACUCUGCAUGCUAAAAGAUGGCUGCGAGUUGCGAAUUAAUGAAAGAUUGUUUGCCAAAAAGGCACAGCAUGUCUCAGGAGAUGAUAAAAAUGUUGUAUCAGUGAGUAAGUCAGAAGCAGAGCAGGACUUGGCUACAGAGUUAGAUACAGAAUGGACCGAUUCAACAGGCACUGAUAUAAAAGGUCUAUCUACAAGUAGGUCUGACAGUGCAUCCAGUCAUGAUAAAAAACAGUCAGUUGACAUCAUCACAGGAAUCUCUGAACUCUCCUUAGGACAAAGUCUGGGGCACUCUGAUGAUGGUGAUAACAUAGAAGACUUGAUAGCUUAUCACAACAUACAACAAGGGCAAUUCUGAUUACAACAGGCUGCAAUACCCACUUUAUCAAUUUUAAUUUUCAUAUCAUUGUUAUCAAAGUUUGUUAUGGAAUAUGAUUUCUAAAGGCCAAAAUUUACGUGACUAUGCCAUUUGAACCAUUAUUAUGCUUACCAUCUUUCAUUUUACUCAGUUCAAUGGACCCAUUUCUAACGAUGCUAUAAUAAAUUUAUUGCAUAUUUUUA